UGAUCUCUCCACGUAAAACUCACGUGACUCCUCUCCCCACGUGACAUUCGUCGGACACUUGGCAAUAUCAUGGCUGCAGCAGCGCAACCUGUCUACUGGCUGGGUAAUGACACCCUGAGGGUGUCUGCUGCCCUUUUUGCCGAGAACCGACGACGACUGUGCCAGGGGCUGAAAGCCAAAGAUGGUGUGGUGCCAAAGUCAGUAGUGGUGCUGCAGGGAGGAGAACAGACGCAGAGGUACUGCACGGACACAGACGUCCUCUUCAGACAGGAGUCUUUCUUCCACUGGGCUUUUGGAGUGACUGAGGCUGACUGCUACGGAGCCAUUGAUGUGGACUCUGGGAAAUCCAUUCUUUUUGUUCCUAAACUGCCCGAAAGCUAUGCUACUUGGAUGGGAGAGAUCUUUCCCAAAGAGCACUUCAAGGAGAAGUAUGCUGUUGAUGAGGUGCACUACACCUGUGACAUAGCCGAUGUCCUGUCCAACAUAAAACCAGCAGUUCUCCUCACACUGCGAGGACAGAAUACAGAUAGUGGGAGCACUUGCCGUGAGGCCUCCUUUGAUGGAAUUAGUCGCUUCCAAGUGAACAACACUCUUUUACACCCUGUCAUUGUCGACUGCCGUGUCGUUAAGACUGAUAUGGAGCUGGAGGUCUUGCGCUACACCAACAGAGUUUCCAGUGAAGCCCACAAAAUGGUCAUGAAGCAUGUGAAACCUGGAAAGAAAGAAUAUGAAAUGGAGAGUCUUUUCCAGCACUACUGCUAUACUAAAGGAGGAAUGCGCCACACCUCUUACACCUGUAUCUGUGGAACUGGCAAUAAUUCCUCUGUUCUCCAUUAUGGUCAUGCUGGCGCUCCUAAUGACAAGACAAUCACAGGUGGAGAUAUGUGUCUCUUUGAUAUGGGUGGAGAGUACUAUUGCUACUCCUCAGACAUCACCUGCUCCUUCCCAGCUAAUGGCAAGUUCACUCCAGACCAGAGGGCCAUCUACGAAGCCGUCCUGAAAGCCUCACGUGCUGUGAUGGCUGCCCUCAGACCAGGUGUGAAGUGGACCGACAUGCACCGCUUGGCUGACAAGGUUCACCUGGAAGAACUUGUAAAGAUUGGCAUCCUACAUGGCAGCGUGGAGGACAUGAUGAAGGUCCACCUGGGCUCUGUAUUCAUGCCCCAUGGCCUUGGACAUUUGCUGGGUAUUGAUGUGCAUGAUGUAGGAGGUUACCCUGAGGGUAUCGAGCGAAUUGACGAGCCUGGUUUGAAGAGUCUUAGGAUGGGCCGCCUGGUGCAGGAACGGAUGGUUCUUACCGUGGAGCCUGGCAUAUACUUCAUCAACCACCUGCUGAACCAGGCCCUGGCUAACCCUGCCCAGAGCUGCUUCAUCAACAACCAAGUGCUGGCUCGCUUCCGUGGCUUCGGAGGGGUUCGCAUUGAAGAUGACAUCGCGGUCACAGCAGACGGCAUAGAGCUGCUGACUUGUGUACCUCGUACAGUUGAGGAGAUUGAAGCUUUUAUGGCUGACUCCACAAAACCUUUCAGUCCAGUUGUCUAAAGAAACUGAAUUAACUUUCAUUGAAAUUUUCUAUAUGAUUACUGAGGAAUAUCAACAGUAAUCAGUAAAGCUCAACUUAUUUCUUUGACUCUCAUAUCUUAAUCAUGAAACAAAUACACAAUCGAGAUCAGAAGUUUCACAUAAAGCUUUCGUAAAGUUUAAAGUUCUGAUGUACAUUAGCCACUGUCAGUUUUACUUGACAAACUUUACAAUAAUACAGUAUUACAUUAAAAUCUUUGUGCCUCCAAGGAAAAUACAUUUUCUGAUUUAAAAAAAUAUUCUUAUGUUCCUCUUUAUAAACAUUGCAUUGAAAUGGCAUUAAAUAAAUCUUUUAAUUUUCA